AGAAAAUCCUUAAAAUCAGAACAAUGAUAGUAGUGGAGCCUUCCUAAUAUAAUUAAUAUUUGAUUAAAUCUUUACUCAACAAUUAAUUUUUUACCAUUGAUAAAUAAGAUUUGCUUAAGUAUUCAUAAAUUACUGCCGAAUAAUGUAGUCAAGAAUUUCAUUGGACUAUAAUAAGUGUGGAUUAACUCUAAAAUUUUAAUCAUAAAUACUCCUUAAGGUUUGGAGAGUUUAUAUAAAUGACUACAAACAAACCCUAAAACUAAAAUCAAACCUUGAGCAAAGUGACUCUAUUGAUCUAAUUGCCUGAUAAAUAUAUCAUUUCAGGAUAAAGUUUCUCAAGACUUAAAGAUAUAUUAGUUCAAAAACAACCAUGUGUCCUUUAAAGGUCUGAUGACAAUUUAUAUUUAACGAUAGAAAAAGAUAGAAUUAUAUUCUUAGACUACCCUAAUCUUGGAAGCUAUUUCUAACUUAUACCUCUAAAUGAUUCUGGAUUAAAAAUACAGAGAGAUAUAAUCAAAUUCUAAUAUGAAUAUGAAAUAAGGAAUUAUGUAACUGGAUAUUCUCUAAAUAUUAAAUAAGAUAGCGUCAACUUCAAAUCCCCACUGUUAAGUGUGAUAAGAAGUAAUAAAAAAAAUGAAAAAUGGUAGUUAAUAGAACAAGAAGACUUCCAUAACUAAUUUUAAUUUUUUAAUUUUGCCCAUAAACUGUAUAUCCAUACAGAAGAAAUCAUUGUGAAUUUAAUUUCAGCCAACCCACCAAAAAUUAAUUGGGAAAUCUAAAGUACAAUAUUAACCAUAUUAAUUAGCAAUUGAUAAUCAAGAAUUUUCUUAUGGUGUUCCUUUUACUAUUCAAAAUUCAUUCACUAAAAAUUUUUUAACAAUGAAUGCAUUCAACUUAAAAUGUAUUCACAAUUUUGAAUAAGAAGUUUUCUAAAGUGAAUAACUAUAACCAGAAUCAUUAUGGAUAAUUUUUUAACAUUAAAUAUGAUGUUUUAUUUAUAUAUACAA